ACUCAAAUAACAACCUGCAACGCAACGAUUGUUAUAAUUUAAAGUGAGCGAAUAUUUUGUUCUUUGUGGUAUUUCUAAAGAACGAUGAAUAAGAUGUACUCUGUCGUACCGUAAUUGUUCAUUUAAAGCGCAGGCAAAAUUAUUAUAGCUCCUGUACGGUCGACAGUGACUUUUGUAUGGUUUUGUCGAAUAGUUCCUGGUGGUUUAAAAUGGACAGUGAUAUUUCUCUCAACAACGUCGGCAGUCUUCUAACUCGGUUUGCCCUGCAAAUUCGAGAACUUUCUCAAAAGAAAAGUGAAUACAACCAGCAAGUUCAAGUUUUCAGAACGGACAUUGUUGGGUGGAGAUCUCGCAUUGAAAGUCUAAAAGAAAAUAUAAAGAAACUUGAGGAGGAAAUCCAAGUGAAACAGAGCUCUGUGAAACACAGUAAAGCUGUUGCACAAGGCCUAAAGGUGACAAACAGCAGAAUCCUCCAGUAUGAGCAAACACUGAAAGCAGAGCUUGAGAGCAGACGAACCAGUUACAACGAUGACACGAAACUCUUUGAGGAGAGGAUUACAAGCUACAGAAAGACGUACCAGUCACACAAAGACUAUUAUUGUGAAAAUCCUCUGGCUCAAAAGCUCCUGAAGCUUCAGGCUGAAAAUGAGGAGAUCGAAGAAAGGAUCAAGGCCUGUGAUGAGCAAAUUAUGAUGAAACAAAAGGAGUUGGACCUCAGAUGUCCUGCAGUCACUACUUUGUUUGUAGAGAAGCUACCAGACAGUGUUUGUGAACAACAGCCUCCAACCGAGACACAGGAACAAUCAUGUGAUCAGACAGGCAGUGAUUCAAUUGAUCAGAAAGUAUCAGUAGAAACCUGUGCUGAAAAUAUUCAUAAGGAACAGCAGGAAACUACCACCUGCUGCCCGGGGCAACAAGAAAAACCUGGUGACUCGAGGUUACACAAACUGGCUGAGCAUAGUUUAGAGGAUGAGAUGCAGGGUGAUGAGCAGGAAAAGGAAACAGAAUCUCAGGACAAAAUCUUGGAACAGCAGCCCGUUGAAACUGAUGUAGAGGAGGCAGCUGAGGUCAGAGAUGAACUUCUGACGUCCAACAAACAGGACAACGAGGGGCAGUUUUCAUUCACUUUCAGCCCUGCCAGCUCUUCAAACAGCGAGAGUUCUGAAAUCAAACCUUCAGCUCCACUGUUCUUCAUGAGCUCUACACCAAACACUCCAUGUUUCUCAGGGUUUGGAUUUGACACCAACUCAUUACAAGAUGAGGAGCAGGACACAACGUUUGCUUUCACCAGUUCUUUGUUUGACAAGAAGGACACCACAGAAAAGAAGUCUCAGAGUGGACCCGAGUUUCUGUUCGGCCAAUCAGAGCAAGGUGAAGAUUUUCAGUUUGCCUUUAACUUCCAAAGUCCUGGGGAAACGUCAAAAGAUAAGAACAAGGAAGAUUUUGUGUUUCCAUUCAACUUUUGACUAAUUUCUUAAAAGAGAAUAAAUUAAAAACGUUUUUGGUUUUGGGACACUUCCAGGUGUAUCUGCAAAUGUCAAGGUUAGGCUUGUGAUUUGUCACAAAACAUUUCCUUUUUUUUAGCUUUACACACACUUUAUCGUUGCAUAAUCUGUGGUUAAGUUUCUAUAGUUAAAAA